AUGUCACUCAAUAUACGUAAAAAUGAUAUAUACUAUAUGCUAGAACAUAACUUGGACUUAAAAUUGGGUCCAGUUGUUAUUCCAGCUUCAACUUUAGCUAUCAACAUAAAGAUAUUCAUAAACAAUCACAAACUUAUCGAGGACGAUUCAAAUACAGAUUUAAUUCAAUUAAUUUCAUCCAAAUUCCAAAAGUUUUGGACCCUAUGUGACUAUUCAACUACCGAAGAAGUGCUGAGAGAUUCACAACAUUCAUUUUCGAUCAUUUGCAAAGAAGAAUUAUUCAGAGACUAUAAUAGAUGUAUUACUUUAUCAUCAAUAGACAUUUCGAUUUAUGCAUUAACUAAUUCCACUGAUUUGAUGCUUGAUGAAUUACUAUUGGAUUUCAAUUAUUUGCUAACAUCCUGGUAUAUCUCAAUUGAACAAAUAUAUCCUUUUGUAUUUUCAAUCAAUGGUAGGAAAUUUAUUAAACUAAAUUUACACUGGCACAAACGAAUGAUGUUAGAAGUGUUGGGUUCAAAUACUUUCAUUGAUAUAAGCAGGUUUAUAUUACCAUUAAUUGGAAUAACGAAAUCAACAUUUAUAACUUUGAGUUUAUUGAAAGAUUCAAAAUCUUACCCUUCAAUUCUUGCCGAAUCAAAUCUAAAUACCAGGAAAAGCACUAGCAUUAUAAAAUCAUUUCCAUUACAAAUAAUUGAUAUGAAUGACGUUGAUUGA